AUGGUGAGAAACUGGACUAGAAGCAAUAAAAACGUUUCUCAGUGCACAAGAGUGGCUGUUUAUUCUUUGGAAUCCCCUAGUGUCUGUUCAGCUUCUACCUCAGGUAGACCCAAACUACAAAUCUGUGAGGACACUUUAAUUCAACUAAGAUCACUUGGCUUUACUUGGGAAACCAUAUCCAAGAUGUUGCUCGUUUCUAGAUGGACAAUUCGGAGACGUGUGAAGGAGUUUGGAAUUGAAGAAGAAACUGGACACUCUGAUUUGUCAGACGAGGAACUGGAUGUAAUUGUUCAGCAAUUCAUUUCCCAGCAUGGUGCUCUUGUGGGCUGUUCCAUUGUAAGUGGCAGCUUAAGAUCAAUGGGACUCAGGAUACAGAGAGAUCGAGUCAGAAAAAGUAUUGGACGUGUAGACCCAAGUAAUUCGCACAUAAGGUGGGCCGUCACAGUUUCAAGAAGAUCAUAUUCUGUCCCUGGGCCAAACAGUCUAUGGCACAUUGAUGGUCAUCAUAGUCUAGUAAAUUGGGGGUUUGUCAUCCAUAAAGGUAUUGAUGGGUUUUCCCGAAUGGUUGUGUUUUUGAAAUGCUCAACUAACAACAAUAGUGAAACAGUUGAAGAAUGCUUCAUUGAGGCCACUGAGCAAUAUGAUUGGCCAUCCAGAGUCAGAACCGACCACGGAGGAGAAAAUGAGAAAGUGUGGGAGCGAAUGGAAGAAAGAAGGGGUGCAAGCAGAGACAGCUAUCUUGAUGGGACAUCAGCUCAUAAUCAAAGGAUUGAACGCUUGUGGAGAGAUGUAUUUGGUACGGUAUGUCACACCUUUUAUUAUACUUUUCAAGCAAUGGAAGAAUGUGGUGCAUUGCAGCGUACCAAUAAGCUGCACAUGUUUGCGUUGUGUAGAUUAUUUAUUUACCAAGGAUAAACAAUGCUCUAGAUUCAUUUCUGUCGGCAUGGAAUCUAUAUCCAAUUCGGACAGAGCACUAUUUGACACCUAUCCAGAUAUGGAUAAAUGGUAUGC